UGUGAUUUCAAAGCUUCCUCCUUUUUUCUCUUCAGAACCAUCUUCCCAACUAAACUCCAAAGAACCUCAAAGAAUCCAAUAAACAAACAAAAAAAUAUCAUGUUGAUUUCAUGAUUAAUAUUCUUAGGCAUUUCCAAUUCGGCUUUCUCUGUUAUUGUCCUCCCCUUGUUCCUCAUUGGCUCAUUCCUAGGAUUCAUCCAACACGUUCUUGUACUUUACUCAUCUGUUUGAUGUAUUUGGAUUUGAACAGAUUUUCAUUCAUGGAUAUUCAUAAUUCCGAGGCGUUUCUCUCCGAGGAAGAUCCAAACGCCAUGGAAUUCGAUUUCUUGGUUCGACCCACUUUAGAAUUUCAAGAUGAUCUAGAAUGCAAGAUUGCACCUUCACAGGAUGGUGAAGAGCAUAGCCGGAAGGAAGACAAUGAUCGGAAGUUUCCAUCUUCGGAGUUGGGGAUAAAGGUACCGUCUUUAGAUGUCCAAAGCGAAGGUAGCGGAGAUGAGUUGAAGACUCCAAAAUCUUUGGAUCACAGAAUUCCGACGAUGCUCAAGUGCCCACCUGCACCGAGAAAACCCAAAUCGCUUCCGUCGGCAAAACGGAAGGAAGUGCUUCGCCGGGCAAUCCUGCUUGAUCUGACGAAAGAGAUCGAAUCUUUGUUUCCACCGGCUCUUCUGGCGGAUCUGGGGAACAAGAUCAAGAAAGUUAGACGUGGAAGUGACUUCAAGUGAUGCAUAUCAUGUAAUGUAAUUUUGUUUUUGUUUAGGUGUGGAAUUAAAAUUUCCCUUUUUUUCCUUGAAUUCUUACAUCUUAGUACGAUAAUUCUAGUAAUUGUGUUUUACUUUUUACUUUAGCGUUUUGGAUCUGAGCAACAUUCUUUAGUCUUUAUUUUUCCUGUUUCUGGGGAAGAAUAUAUAUCCAGAUCCAAGGAAAUGAUAUUCUGUUGAAGAAAAUAGAAUUUAAAGUACAAAAUCAUAAUGGGUUUUGUGCAUAGGAUUCUUGCUUUUUUGUACUGCUAUCAAUAAAAGAUGACAUGCUUC